CCAGCUUUCAGAGAGCAGCAGGCUCUGUUUACACAGCCGUCCGACAGCAGCCGGUUCUCCUGCUGUGCUGAAAACAAGGUGUGUGUGAGGCUGAAUGCGCUCAAAGUUAGGAGGAACCGCAGAGCCAGUGUGUGUUAGUGUGAAUGUGAAGAGAACCUGUGCUGCCCUAAAGGUUUCUACUUUGCUGAGAGGAGUGUGGCACGGACUUCAGAACAGGAGGUGAAAAGAAGAGAACAUUUUGUUCUUAGUAAAUACAACUUCUCCACCCUUGCACAUACUACUGCUUUUUCAGUAAAGAAGUGAGAGGGGGAAGAAAACAAAGGAGGAAUCAUUUUUUGAAAGUGGAAGACAGGAUGGCGUGCUCUGCCUUUACACUCUGGUAGAGAAGAAGGACUGGGAUUUGAGGAGGGAAAACUGUCCAUAAAAAGCUUGUUUGGGAUUUUACAGAAUUUUCUUCAACUGAAACCUAUAGAUUAUUGAGUAGAAUCUACGGGUAGAUAGCUACCUCCUGUCCUGGGGACAGCCCUGCUGGCCUUGUGCUAUGCUGGAGAGCCCACUUGCCCAGACACACUGCAGAGCACCAUACCUGAGGGGGUGAUUUAGGCUGAGAGGGAGAGCUCCAACAUGGAGCUGGACCACCAGAGAGCAAAGGAGCCCUGUCUCUCCCCGGCAGCGUUUGUUAACCAGGUGCAGUACUCCAACAUCCUGGAGGGGAGGUUUAAACAGCUGCAAGAUGAGCGUGAAGCAGUGCAGAAGAAGACCUUUACUAAGUGGGUGAACUCUCACCUGGGCCGUGUGACGUGCCGCAUCGGGGACCUGUACACUGACCUGAGAGAUGGACGCAUGCUCAUCCGCCUGCUGGAGGUGCUGUCAGGAGAACAGCUGCCGAAGCCCACCAAGGGGCGUAUGCGUAUCCACUGCCUGGAGAACGUGGACAAGGCCCUGCAGUUCCUCAAGGAGCAGAAGGUCCACCUGGAGAACAUGGGCUCCCACGACAUCGUGGACGGGAACCACCGCCUCACCCUGGGUCUCAUCUGGACCAUCAUCCUCCGCUUCCAGAUCCAGGACAUCAGUGUGGAGACUGAGGGUAACAAGGAGAGGAAGUCAGCCAAGGAGGCUCUGCUGCUCUGGUGCCAGAUGAAGACCGCUGGGUACCCCAACGUCAACGUUCACAACUUUACCACCAGCUGGAGAGACGGCUUGGCGUUCAACGCCAUCGUGCACAAACACAGACCGGACGUGAUUGAGUUUGACACCCUGAAGCGGUCCAACGCCCACUAUAACCUCCAGAAUGCCUUCAACACAGCAGAGAAUAAGCUAGGCCUCACCAAACUCCUCGACCCAGAAGAUGUCAACGUUGACCAGCCAGAUGAGAAGUCCAUCAUCACCUAUGUGGCCACGUACUACCACUACUUCUCCAAGAUGAAGGCCCUGGCUGUGGAGGGCAAGAGGGUUGGCAAGGUGCUGGACUAUGCCAUUGAGGCUGACCAGCUGGUAGGGAACUAUGAGAGCCUGGCUUCAGAGCUGCUGCAGUGGAUUGAGCAGACCAUCCUGACUCUGAAUGACCGGCAGCUGGCCAACUCCCUAAACGGUGUGCAGAACCAGCUGCAGGCCUUCAACACCUACCGCACAGUGGAGAAACCCCCAAAGUUCACAGAGAAAGGCAACCUGGAGGUGCUGCUGUUCACCAUUCAGAGCAAGAUGAGAGCCAACAACCAGAAGGUGUACAUUCCCAGGGAGGGAAAGCUCAUCUCUGACAUCAACAAGGCGUGGGAGCGUCUGGAGAAGGCAGAGCACGAGCGGGAGCUGGCGCUGAGGAACGAGCUGAUUCGACAGGAGAAGCUGGAGAUGCUUGCUGCUCGCUUCGACCGCAAGGCCGCCAUGAGGGAGACCUGGCUGAGCGAGAACCAGCGGCUCGUCUCUCAGGACAACUUUGGCGUUGACCUGGGAGCGGUGGAGGCCGCCACCCGUAAACACGAGGCCAUCGAGACGGACAUCGGGGCGUACGGGGAGCGGGUGGCGGCCGUGGAGGCGGUGGCCAGGGAGCUGGAGGCAGAGAACUACCAUGACGUGCGUCGCGUGCUGGCGAGGAGGGACAACGUGCUGCGGCUGUGGGAGUACCUGAAGGAGCUGUUAGCCGCUCGCAGGGAGAGACUCCACGCACACCGAGACCUGCAGAGACUGCUGGAGGAGAUGAGAUACAUCAUGGACUGGAUGGGAGAUAUGAAGGGUCGUCUGCAGUCCCAGGACAGUGGGAAGCAUCUGCAUGAUGUGGAGGACCUGCUGCAGACUCACAACCUGGUGGAGGCAGACAUCUCAGCCCAGGCAGAGAGGGUCCGCGGGGUCCAGAGAGCUGCUCAGCGCUUCACCUCCGACCAACAGGUCUACAAGCCGUGUGAGCCGGCGCUGGUGGGAGAGAAGGUGUCUCUGCUGGGCCGGGCCUAUGAGGAGCUGGGCCAGCUGGCUGGGGAGCGGAGGGAGCGCCUGGAGGCCUCACGGCGCCUCUGGCAGUUCCUGUGGGAGAUGGGAGAAGAGGCGGCCUGGAUCAGAGAGCAGGAGCAGAUCCUGUCAGGAGGAGACUGUGGCCGCGACCUCACCUCCGCCCUGCACCUCCUCAGCAAGCACGAGGCCUUCAGGGACGAGAUGGCAGCCCGCUACGGUCCUCUCGGCCACAGCAUUGCCGCCGGACAAACUCUGGUGGAGGAGGGACACUUUGGAGCCCCAGAGUGCACUGAGAGGAUCAGGGACGUACGUGCUCAGUGGGCACACCUGGAGGAGACAUCCCGGCUGAGGGAAGUGCAGCUGAAGGAGGCGGUGGCCCUGCACCAGUUCCAGACUGACGCCAAUGACAUGGAGGCCUGGAUCUUGGAGACGCUGCGCCAGGUGUCCAGCCAGGAGGUGGGCCACGACGAAUUCUCCACCCAGACCCUAGCCCGCAAGCAGAGGGAGGUGGAGGAGGAGAUCCAGAGCCACCGCACCCUCAUCGACUCCCUGCAUGAGCAGGCCCUCGGCCUGCCCCCGGUCCAUGCAAACGCCCCUCAGGUGGAGGGGCGUCUGCCUGCUAUUGAGCAGCGCUAUGAGGAGCUGGUGUCUCUGUCUGCAUCGCGGCGUCAGGCCCUGGAGGGGGCGCUGGCCCUCUACCGCAUGUACAGCGAGGCGGGCGCCUGCCAGCUGUGGGUGGGGGAGAAGGAACAGUGGCUGGACGGCAUAAUGAUCCCCACCAAACUGGAAGACCUGGAGGUGGUGCAGCAGAGGUUUGAGACCCUGGAGCCUGAGAUGAACAACCUGGGGACUCGUAUCUCUGAUGUCAACCAGGUGGCCCAGCAGCUCCUGGGAUCAGAUAACCGCAGCAAAGAGCAGAUCCACCAGACACAAGACCAGCUUAACAACAGGUGGAAGGAGUUCCAGCGUCUGGCAGACCAGAGGAAACAGGCCCUGGAGUCGGCCCUCAACAUCCAGAACUACCACCUGGAGUGUAACGAGAUCCAGAGCUGGAUGAGAGAGAAGACCAAGGUGAUCGAGUCCACCGAGAGCCUGGGCAACGACCUGGCUGGUGUCAUGGCCCUGCAGCGCAAACUCACCGGCAUGGAGAGAGACCUGGAGGCCAUUCAGGGUAAGUUGGACGACCUGAGAAAUGAGGCAGAGAAGCUGGCUGAGGAGCACCCGGACCAGGCCGAGGAGAUCCAUGCCCACCUGGGGGGGAUCCAGGAGGUGUGGGAGGAGCUCAACGCCACCAUGAAGCGUCGUGAGGAGUCUCUGGGCGAAGCCAGUAAGCUGCAGGGCUUCCUCCGGGACCUGGAUGACUUCCAGUCCUGGCUGUCCCGCACGCAGACCGCCGUGGCGUCUGAGGACAUCCCUACCUCGCUGCCAGAGGCUGAGCGCCUGCUCUCCCAGCACGAGAGCAUCAAGAACGAAUGGGACAACUACAAGGAGGACUAUGAGAAGAUGCGGGCGGUGGGUGAUGAGGUGACUCAGGGCCAGACGGACGCCCAGUACAUGUUCCUGGCCCAGAGGCUGCAGGCGCUGGACACCGGCUGGCAAGAUCUGCGCCGCAUGUGGGAGAACCGCCACAGCCUGCUGGCCCAAGCUUUCGACUUCCAGACCUUCUUGAGAGACGUCAAGCAGGCUGAGGGCUUCCUCAACAGCCAGGAGUAUGUGCUGUCCCACACUGAGAUGCCCUCCAGCCUGCAGGGAGCAGAGGAGGCCAUCAAGAAGCACGAGGACUUCCUGACCACCAUGGAGGCCAGCGAGGAGAAGAUCACGGGCGUGGUGGAGGCUGGACGCCGUCUGGUCAACGACCUCAACGCCAACUCUGACAAGAUCCAGGAGAAGGCCGACUCCAUCCAGGAGAGACAUCAGAAGAAUAGGGAAGCUGCAAAUGAACUCCUCUCUAAACUGAAGGACAACCGUGAACUUCAGCACUUCCUGCAGGACGGACAGGAGCUGACUCUGUGGAUCAAUGAGAAGAUGCUGACAGCUCAGGACAUGUCGUACGACGAGGCCAGGAACCUCCACAGCAAGUGGCAGAAACACCAGGCCUUCAUGGCUGAGCUGGCCUCCAACAAGGACUGGCUGGACAAGAUCGACAAGGAGGGCCAACUGCUGGUGACAGAGAAGCCGGAGUUGCAGCCUGUUGUCCAACAGACUCUUGAAGGCCUGCAGAGCCAGUGGGAGGAGCUAGAGAGCACUACGCGCACCAAGGCACAGUGCCUCUUCGAUGCAAACAGGGCAGAGCUUUUCACCCAGAGCUGCUCUGCCCUGGACAUUUGGCUGAAGAACCUGUCAGGACAGCUGCAGAGUGACGACUUCGGAAAGGAUCUGACAUCCGUCAACAUCCUGCUCAAGAAGCACCAGAUGCUGGAGCACCAGAUGGAGGUGCGUGAGAAAGAGGUGCAGUCGCUGCAGUCCCAGGCACUGGCGCUGUCCCAGGACGAUGCUGGUGUGGCGGUGGUGGAGGUGGACGGCCAGCAGAGGAGAGUCACUGACAGCUUCUCCCAGCUCCAGGACCCCCUCAACCAGAGGAGGCAGCAACUGCUGGCAUCCAAGGAGGCCCACCAGUUCAACAGAGACCUGGAGGAUGAGAUUCUGUGGGUGAAGGAGAGGAUGCCCCUCGCCACCUCCACAGACCAUGGCAAGGACCUGCCCAGUGUACAGCUGCUCAUCAAGAAGAACCAGACUUUGCAGAAGGAGAUCCAGGGCCACCAGCCCCGUAUUGAUGACAUCCAGACCCACCGCAGGGGGAUGUCCCCAGGGAAGGAGGAGGUGGACGGGGAGUGGCAGUCUGCUCUGGAGCAACGUCUGGUGGAGCUCCGGGAGUCCUGGGCCCAGCUCAUCGCUGAGACAGAUGAGCGCCACGCCCGGCUAGUGGAAGCUAACCGCGCCCAGCAGUUCUACACCGACGCUGCCGAGGCCGAGGCCUGGAUGGGAGAGCAGGAGCUACACAUGAUGUCAGAGGACAAGGCCAAGGAUGAGCAGAGUGCUCUGGUGAUGGUGAAGAAGCACCAGACACUAGAACAGGCCCUGGAGGACUACGCCCAGCCCAUCCACCAGCUGGCCAACAGCAGCCGCACCAUGAUGACCAGCGAACACCCAGAGAGCGAGCGUAUCAACCUACGGCAAGCCCAGGUGGACAAGCUGUACGCAGGGCUGAAGGACCUGGCUGAGGAGCGUCGUGGGCGUCUCCAGGAGAGGCUGAGGCUGACCCAGCUGAAGAGAGAGGUGGACGACCUGGAGCAGUGGAUCGCUGAGAGGGAGGUGGUGGCUGGAUCCCAUGAGCUGGGACAGGACUACGAACAUGUCACAAUGCUGCGGGACAAGUUCCGGGAGUUUGCUCGGGACACCAGCACCAUUGGCCAGGAGCGCGUGGAUGCCGUUAACGGUCAGGCCGAUGACCUCAUCGAGUCGGGUCACCCUGAGAACGCCAGCGUGGCAGAGUGGAAGGACGGGCUGAACGAGGCGUGGGCCGACCUGCUGGAGCUGAUCGACACGCGCACCCAGAUGCUGGCCGCCUCCUACGAGCUGCACCGCUUCCACCAGGACGCCCGCGAGGCCAUGGGGAGGGUCCGGGAGAAGAAGGAGGCGCUGCCCUCUGACCUGGGCCGUGACCUCAACACCGUCCAGCACCUCCACCGACAGCACAAUGCCUAUGAGCACGACAUCCAGGCCCUCAGUGGACAGGUGAACCAGGUGCAGGACGACGCAGCACGGCUGCAGAAGGCCUACGCUGGGGAGAAGGCUGAGGAGAUCCACCGGAGUGAGCACUCUGUCACUGAGGCCUGGGAGGAUCUGCUGGGGGCCGGCCAGGCUCGCCGACACCUCCUGCUGGACACCGUGGAGAAGUUCCGCUUCUUCAACAUGGUGCGUGACCUCAUGCUGUGGAUGGACGGGGUCAACCUGCAGAUCGACGCCCACGACAGCCCCAGGGACGUGUCCUCUGCAGGGCUGGUCAUAGCCAACCAUCAGGACAUCAAGUCUGAGAUCGAGACCCGGGGAGACAGCUUCACAGCCUGCAAUGAGAUGGGACACUCUCUCAUCAACAACAACCACUAUGCAGCUGAUGAGAUCCGGGAGAAACUGGACCAGCUCCAAGGCAAGAGGGACGAGAUCAACAACAAAUGGCAGGACAAGAUGGACCACCUUCAGAUCGUUCUGGAGGUGCUGCAGUUUGGCCGGGAUGCAUAUGUGGCAGAGACAUGGCUGGCAGGCCAGGAGCCCCUGGUGCGAGGGGCCGAGCUGGGCUCUAACGUGGAUGAGGUGGAGAGCCUGAUCAAACGCCACGAGGCCUUUGAGAAGCUAGCCGCCGGCUGGGAGGAGCGCUUCACCCUGCUGGAGAAACUCACUACGCUAGAGGAGCAGGAGAUCCAGAGGCAGAGAGAGGAGGAGGAGAGGGCGAGGCGACCCCCCACACCACCACCUACAGAAGAGGUGGCCCCGUCUGAGGCUGAAACACAUGAUGCCAGGACCAGCCUGGACCAGACCACACUGAACCAGUCAGUAUCAGUGAAUGGAAUCCACAGCGACCAGGACACCUCACAGGGUUCUGACUCCGACUCUGUGAAUGGUCCGGGGAGAGACAGCGGGCUGGCGUCUUCACGCCUGGACCCGUCUGCCACGCUACCCAGCAAGAGAGCUGACUCUGGCACAGAUGCCAUGGAGGGCAUGCUCUACCGCAAGCAGGAGAUGGAGUCCCACGCCAAGAAGGCAGCUAGCAGCUUCUCUCUCUCUUCCCAUAGGUCCUGGCAGAAUGUGUACUGUGUCCUGCGUAAGGGCAGCCUUGGCUUCUACAAGGACCAGAAGAGCGCCUCCAGCGGGAUCCCCUACCACGGAGAAGUCCCCAUCAGCCUGGGAGAGGCUGUGUGUGAGGUGGCACACGACUACAAGAAGAGGAAACACGUCUUCAAGUUACGGCUAGGGGACGGUAAGGAGUUCCUGUUCCAAGCUAAAGAUGAGACGGAGAUGGCCUCGUGGAUCCACUCCAUUCAUAGCUCCAUCCCAGCAGGUGGGUCAGGAGACCACUCCCCCAGAGGCCCCAGGGCCCUGAACCGAGCCAUGACUAUGCCCCCCAUCUCCCCCAGCUCAGCAGACGCUGCCGGAGUCACCAUGCGCAACAAGGAGGGCAAGGAGAGGGACCGUGAGAAGAGGUUCAGCUUCUUUGGAAAGAAGAAAUAAAACAUUUGUAAAACAACAACAUCAAGGAAAAUUAUAUUCCUCAAAAUUCCAACAAACUGAAACAGGCAGAAAUGAAAGCACUCUUGUCGCAUAAACGCAUCGCUGUCGGCCGGGGUCCUGAGGGGUUUGUCUAAUUUCUGGCUCACACAGAGCUUGCUCUUUCUCGCUCUCUCCUCUCUAUUUUCAUUUGUCAUCUCUUUCUCUUUUACAUCUCUCUUUCCUUCUCCAUCUCUCACAUUUAGCUUCAUCCUACCAAUGUAAGCCCUUGUCCAUAGCUUUAGUUGCAUUUUCAGCCGAUACGCAGGGUUUGUUGAUCAGAGUCACUAAUAAGAACUCUCUUUGGCCUCAUCAUCGGGGGAAACCAAGGGGUUUGUUGGGAGAGGGGAGGGCAGGGGGUGGUUAGCAUUAGAACCGAGUGGCUAAGAGGACCCUCAAAGUCAAUUCUCUUUCAUUCACCCACACUGGAUCAUUUGUUGGUUUAAAUUAGUCCCGGCUCAACCAAUCUUUAGACAAGCAAAAUACUUUAAUGCUGUUUUACCAAUAACAGAGAAACUGUUGUAAAGAGUGCUGUCCCCAGGUCCCCUCUUCCAGUCUCUCCUUUUCUCUAUCGUGCUCCUUGGGAAGCCCCAUAUCUUUUCUUUUUUUGGUUUUGGUGUUAUUAUUAUUUAUCUUUUUGCUGUUGCAGGUUUUGAGGGGGGGAUUUAAAUAAAUAAUUUUAAAAGUAUGUCAGUAGAUUUCUUGAGUCAUGUUGCAGAGCAAAACAAGAGUUUGAUCUACGGGACCAUGUUGGUCUUGUUUAUUUUGUUGAGGAAAGACCGUUAUUGAGGUGUUUUAAAAAAAAUGAAGCUCAGUAACUUUUAGCAGUGUGCAGUAAGUGAUUUUCACCAGUGGGAAAUUAUAUAUAUUUAAAGUGGUUUUAUUUUAACUUGGAUCUUGCCUGUAUUUGAUUUUGUUCUUCUGAGGGAUUAUUUCUGAUUUUGAAUUUUGUUGUUUCUAUUCAAACCAGAGAGAGUUUGUUUUCUAGUAAGGGUGAGAGUGGGAGUUAUGGUAAUAUGGCUUUCUUUAAGGAUUCUUGUUUGUUUUUUUGGUUUGAAUAUGUAGAUGACAAUGCUAAUUAAUGAAACAUUCCUCCUAGAUGAUUUUCAGACUUCACAUACUUCCUCCUGAUCCUUCUGUUGUUUUGUAAUGGGAUUGCUGGGCAGGUUAACACUGUUGGUUACCACUGCCAUUGCCAAACACUAGUGAGGAUUGUAAGCAGAAGCACAUCAAUGUGACAUAGAGUUGCGGAGGUUGGCUAGUAGGAAGAGGAGGGUGGAGGGUUCAUUUCAGAUGGGGUAGGGUUGGACGCUGAGGGUUGAGAUUCCUUCUAUUUGAAUAGUGCUUAAUCACAAAGGAGGCUUUAUCGAUCACAAAACAAAUCUCAGAAGAAUGUUUAAUAUGUGCCCCUUGGCAUUGACUUUGUGUAUGUAUAUGGAUUCUGUACCCAGGUUCCAUUGAGCGUAUACGGACAGGCUCACCCCCAUCAGUGGUUGAAGGAAGUGAAAUGCUAGCAUAGCUGUGUUGGAUUGGAAGAGGCGUAACCAUGGAGAGCUUUCCUUACUUGAUAGUGACCGAGAGAAUAGUCUUAAAUUGUUUUUCUGGGGGGCUUUGAGCUCCUCCAUAUGUGGCAUGACUUCAUGUAGGAUUGUACUUGUAUGUGUCUCGUUGUUGUCGCCAAUUAUCUUCUACUUUGAUGUUAUUGGUACAUGAGAUUCACCCGUAAGCGAUGCACAGCAUGGCAUGAUACCAUGAAGCCCAUGAUACCAUGAAGCCCAUGAUACCAUGAAGCCCAUGCUGUGGAAGGUGGUGUAUUACACCAGAAUGCCCAGGUGUAUCAUUAGUACCCCUCCCCAGCAGUUUGGAAAGAAUUCACAUUGGGCAAAAAGAAAAUGAUUAAAUUAUAUCAAAUAAUAGUAAAGUUAAGAUGACAUUGACAGCGACGUCGGGUCCUGGCACAGUGAGUGAUUUAUUUUAGUGUCUGAGAUGAGGGGAAGGUUUCUGUACAAGAAACUGCUCAAAACACAGAAAAAUCCAAAUUUCUUGUAGCCAAUGGUAUCUGUUACUCGGUGGUAGGCUUAUCUGGGGCAAGGGUGUGGCAUACCAAAGCCCAGUUAGGUUAUUGUUUGACUGAGAUGGCUCACCCUAAACCAGAGAGGGAAAGAACCACAGUGAAUAAAUGUCAGAAAUGUGCAGCUUUUCAACAGCCAAGACUAUUGCCAUUUCAGUUCAUAUGAUUCGGGGUAAAUAAGCAGCAGUAAAGCCAUACAAGAGGCUGUAGACUACUUGGUCUGCCUUGGUUUGUAUCCCAGCUGUGAGCCUAAGCUCUUGAUCUCAGCCUAAUGUACUGAGCUGACCCUCUGCUCCCUAGUCACAGUUCGAACCAAAGUCUGCGAUGCUCAAGAGUAGAGCUGAGUGAGCCUCGCUCUGUGGCAUUCACUGUGAAAAACUACUAUCGGGCAGUUGGUGCCAGAUCGGCCAUAGCACUUCUAAAAGUAGCUUGUGUUGCCCUCUACUGGCUGAACUGCUCCCACAGUGACCCAGUUCAAGUCCUAGGCAAGUUAUACACAGACAUGAGCAGGUUCCAUUCUACUAUGAAUUCUUAUUCAUGUUAAAGGCUUUUUAGAUGGGUUGGACAAAUUUGGUCAUGUGAUGGACAUACUUGGAGACACACUACCUCUCUCUUGCUUUCUCCUCUCUCUUACACUCUCACACACUCACACAUAUCCACACACAGAUAUACCAAGGUGGAAUGACCCUGGCCUUCCAGUCAAGCAGAAAGAUGUGGAGCCGAUUGUGAUUUGGGUUGAUGUUGUGCAGUCUGUGUGCUACUGGUGAGUGUUGAGCGUAAAAGGAUAGCCUGUAUUAUUGAUGGUGAGAGAGAGCCUAAGAGGGUUUUGAGCAUUUUGGUUUAAAAAGUUAGUGGAACACCUAAAAAAGGUUUCUUGGUCUCUUAUUUGAAGAGAAAAAGAAACGCAGUAUACAUUAACCAGAGGACUGAUGGCAAAUUUGAGCUUCCAUUUUCUAGAGUUAGACAGGAGAUGUGCUGUCUCACAGGGUUCUUGUAUUUUCUCAUCCAGUGGUCUGAUCUGUUUUGCAGCAUUUGAUAAACCUUUCCACCCACUGCCAUUUCCCUUUUUUUUAUAAUGUCAUUUCCUUCUUCUGUGACUUAACUAAUUGCGAGUUGUGAAUACCACUACUAUGAUUCAUUAUUAUUAUUGCUACUGUUACUCUUACUACUGCAACAUAUUUGUUACUACAACUAUAACUGCUGUCCAUUUUCAGGUACGUGUCUGUAAUACCAGACCCUUCCACAAGAUGUCAGUGUGCUGUGGAGCAUUUUCAUUACAGAUCAAAAAUAAUGUUUGUUGACUUGUGUAUCUACAUCUAAUAUUAGGAAUAAUAAAACAUGGCUUAGAGAAAAACAA